AUGGUCAAGUUUUUUGCACCACAAGCUUCAGUUGAGAAGUUUGAAACGCCUCUGAAGGCUAUUAUUGCUGAUCAUGUUGUAUCGGCGGAGAGGAAGGGCUGGGAUGGGGAUUUCAUUUUUGGUGUUUGUUUGCGCCACAUUAUGUCUAUGAUCGUAUUGAUCGAUGAAGAAUUGCAUAAAGGAAAAAGAGAGAAGUCCUCUUACAAGGAAUCUCUCCCUUACACUGGCCUAAGAACUGUAGGGAUACAAGGAAUAGAAUUAAGCACAAAAUUGUAUGUUUCAAACCUGGACCAUGGAGUACCUAAAGACGACAUAAGGGGUUCAGCUGAAGUUUUGCAUACUAGAAGUGAUGCAUUUGCUGCUCUUAAACGAUUUAGUAAUGUACUUUUGGAUGGAAAACCCAUGAAAAUUGAGAUUGUUGGUGCCAAUGCAGAAUUGGCAAUAUCUGCUCGUGUAAAUAUCACUGGAGUAAAUGGGCAGAGGAAGAGCACAGUUGUAACGACGAACGUCAUUCCAAGAUAAAUAUUAUUUUGGAUUGUAUGCUGUUGAUAGCAAUGUUGCAGGCCUGGAGGAGAUCAAACUGAUGGUCUUUUGGUGCUUAAUCAUGGUUCUGCGAAUAUAUGUGUACAACUAUAAGAAAAGAAAGCAGAAAAUGUUCAGACACAUACUUCAAGGGAUCGGUACCUUUCUAUAACUCCAAAAUAUCUACCCCUCUUGUUUUCCUUUUUUCCACUUACGUGUGCAGGGUGGUUAUAAGCUUAUAAUUCAAAUUUCAAUUUUUGUCCACAUUUACAUCAUGCUUUUUGCCUUGAGUGUUCUAGUCUCUAUUAGCUUUUUUAUUUCCCAUAAGUUAUACCUUUCGUAAUUUCCGAACCUUGGUACAUCCUGUCAUACUCUUUUAAUUUUUUAUGACAUAGUUAAUUUUUAAUAAGAUUUUCCUUCUUUUAUUUAGGCAAUUUUUUUUUCUUUGUUGUAUUAC